AUGGCUUUGACCGAAGAGAUCAUGACACCCCAGAGUCCGGCCCUGCCUGAGCUCCCUCCCCUUGAUUUCUGGAGCGAGACCGAGUGGGCUGUCUUCAAUGCAAUCUUGGACACCAUCGUCCCGGCAGUGGUAUCCAUGUCGUCACUGACGCACAAGGAAGGUCAACUGGGCAUCCCGGAUGACGAGUAUUCGGCCGUGAUGGGCAAGGCCAGGACUACAACGCUCGAGUCACGAGACGAGGCAUCUCUGAAGGCCUUCAUGGAGGACAAAGCCUCAACUCACCCAGCCGUGCGCGAAGUCUCGCUUCGGAUAGCCGCCCGUCUAUCAGUCGCGCAGAGGGACGGCCUGAAGCGUCUACUCAAGUCCUUGUCGUCCAGUGUCGGCGCCUUCCUCCUGACCGGCUCGUGCGUCCCCUUCCACCAACAACCCGCCCAUGUCCGGGAAUCUAUUGUUCAGGGCUGGCACAACUCCUGGUUCCCCAGGAUGAGGACCGUCGCCAGGAGUCUCGUCAGGGUAAGCCAGGUGAGCUGGCUGAUGUCCUCGCCGACAUUCCGGGAGGUCACAGGCUACCCGGACAUGCCAGUAAACUGGAAGCCGGGCCUUGACUUUGGCUACAAGUUUCUCCAGUUCCCAGGCCCCACAUCGAAGUCCCAGUCUGAGCAUGAGUCCGUAAGCGAACCGGCCACAAUCGAGACGGACAUCGUAAUCGUCGGCUCGGGCUGUGGCGGCGCAGUCUCCGCGAAGUUCCUUGCCGAAGCAGGCCACCGAGUCGUCGUUGUCGAAAAGGGCUACAACUUCCCCACAUCUAUGCUGCCCCUCCCGGGGCCCGUCGCCAGCCGAUAUCUCUUUGACAAGAGCGUCGUCAACUCCGUGGAUGGGUCCAUAGGCAUAGUGGCCGGCGCGACAUGGGGCGGCGGCGGGACGGUCAACUGGAGCGUGUCGUUGCGGACUCAAGACUUUGUGCGGAAGGAGUGGGCUGCUCAGGGGCUGGAUUGGUUCGACGGCCAAGAGUAUGAUGAGUGUAUGGACCGCGUGUGUGAGCGUAUGGGUGUGGCGACGGAGCCGGUAGUCCAGAGCCACCGCGGCCAGGUGCUUCUCGGCGGGAGCAGGAAACUGGGCUGGAAGGCCGGUGUGUGCCCUCAGAACUCCGGCGGGAAAGAACACAGCUGUGGCCACUGUACCAUGGGCUGUGGCUCUGGCGACAAAAAAGGCCCGACACAAUCGUGGCUUCCAGACGCAGCCCGUGCAGGCGCCGAGUUUAUCGAAGGUUACACCGUUGACAGGGUGCUAUUCGAAGAAGUUAGUGGGAACAGGAAGGCAACCGGUGUAGUGGGUACCUGGGUAUCAAGAGAUACUCACGGAGGUCCAGGUGGGCUGAUGGAUGAGAGAAUAUCCAGGCAGGUGGUGGUCAAAGCCAAGAGGGUAAUCGUGGCCUGCAAUGCGUUGUUCAGUCCUCUGCUUCUGAUGAAGAGUGGCCUAACGAACCCCAACAUUGGGCGCAACUUAUAUCUCCACCCGUGUAACAUGGCGGGCGCCUUCUAUACCGAGGAUGCUCGUCCUUGGGAAGGAGCCAUCAUCACAAGCUACUGCUCCGAAUUCGAGAACCUAGAUGGCCAUGGCCAUGGCGUCAAGCUCGAGACCACCAACAUGACACCAUACACAUGCCUCUCAGCCAUGCCCUGGCGUAGCGGCCUGGACUUCAAGCUCGCCGCGCUCCGGUACCGACACUUCGGCGCCUUCAUAUCGGUGGCCCGAGACCGCGACCCGGGCAGGGUGGUGAUGGACCCAGCGACGGGCGGCCUCCAGAUCGAGUACACGCCCUCGGCAUUCGACCGCGCGCACGCCGUCGAGGGGCUGAUAGCCCUCUGCAAGAUCAUGUACGUGACAGGGGCCCGAGAGAUCGACCCCUUCAUCCACGGCGUGGAGCCGUACGUGCGUGACGACGCGGAGCUGCAGCAGGCGGCCGCCACGUCUGCCGCCGCGGACGGCUCGGGCCUCUACCAGAUCGACGACCCAAAAUUCUCGGCCUGGCUCGACAAGGCGAGGCGGCUGGGCAACGUCCUGGGCAACCCGCCGUGCUCGUCGGCGCACCAGAUGGGCACUUGCCGCAUGUCUGCGACCGAGGAGCGGGGUGUUGUCGACCCGUAUGGUAAGGUGUGGGGCACGGAGGGCCUGUAUGUGGCCGACAGCAGCGUGUUCCCGUCGGCGAGUGGUGUCAACCCAAUGAUAACUGUGAUGGCCAUCGCGGACCGGAUAGCGAGGGCAGUGGGCCGGGACUUGAACGAGGAGAAGCAGUGA